UGAAGAAGCAUUCCUUUUUGUGCAGGGAUUGUGAGAUAUAAACUAUGGAAGACUCCAGAGAAGAAAGCUUAGAAGAUGGAUGGGAGAAGAGAUAUGAUACUAUCCAUGGUCGUGUAUUUUAUGUUCACCCUAAAAAAAGGCUGGCCCAGUUGGAAGAUCCAAAAGAAUCUGGUGUCCAAACCAAAAAAUAUGGCAAGGACUGGAUCAACGUCAUUGAAGCGGAUGCCCCUCUUGACGAUUUCCCGUGGUUCCAUGGAAAUAUUUCUUAUGCUAAAUCAGAGAAACUUCUGAAAUAUCAGGAAAAUGGAACCUUUCUCGUACGACGAAGUCAAUCACAUCCAGAUUGGCUUGUUCUUGUUGUAAAAAGACCAACGCUUGGAAAACAAGCACUCCAGUUUCAAAUCAAGUACACAAAUCCUGGUGAAUAUUUUCAAAUUGAGAGGGAUGAUAAUAUUUUCUUUAGUAUACCAAAACUUAUAGAAUAUUACACUAACCAUACCAUUCUCAAUUUUGGUAUAAAAUUAACCGCACCAUUAGACAAACACGAAAUGAACGAAACGAAAAGCAAUGAAAAUACAGUACCAGAUGAGCUUUCAAAUGAUCCAAAAACAAGAGAACUCUAUGAAAAAGCAUUAGAGAAAGGGACAGAAAAUGAUAACACAAUACGAGUUAUGGUUAUUGGUUGUUGCGAGCAAGGCAAAACGUCAUUAGUAAGGCGUUUAUUGAAAAAGUCAGUUGAAGGAGUUGAAACAACCAACGGUAUUGACUUGCAUAAAUGCACAGUUAUCAGCGAAAAUGAAUGGAAGAAGUUAGACAAUGAAGAUCUUGACGAAGAAACUGUUCAGCGCUUGGUCAAUAUUGCACUAAGAGAAAGAACGUACGAGACAUUUGCAUCGGUUACUCAUGGGGAAAAAGGACUGCUUAACAAAGAUGAAGAAGCACCCACUUCAGUUACGGAUAUAUCAAGAACAAGAGAUAAAAACAAAAUUUGUUCAGCACGUGGUCUCGAAAUAAUUGAUAUAUCUGAUGAGUACAAUGGCAAAAGAAGAGAAAACGUUAAAGAAAACAAAACUAAAAUUGCUGGCGCUGUUGAUAUUUAUGUUAGAAAUAAAACAGUCAAUUACGAAAAUUUAAAUUCAUUUCAGACUGAAUUAAAACGAGUUGAAUCCAUUGAGGCGGCAAUAAACCUUGACAACAAUGUUACGCUAAAUAUAUGGGACUUCGGAGGACAGUUUGUCUAUUAUGCUACCCAUCAAAUAUUUCAUUCAAAACAUGCUGUUUAUGUGCUAGUGUUUAAUUUAAGCAUAUCCCUGGACACAAUAAUUGAAGAUAAGGAGUUCCCAUUACAUCAAAAGAGAAUGAGGGACUAUUUAAAAUUCUGGGUGGCUUCUGUAAAUUCAUUUGUUGGCAGUAGGGAUGGAAUGGAACCGGCUAUUAUUUUAGUAGGAACCCACACGGACAAACUAAAUAUGGACAGUAAGGUCGAGGACUAUUUUGAGGAGGUCAGGCAAAUAUUUGACGACAGUGUAUGUCUUAAUCAUAUUCAACCUGAUCAAUUUGCUAUUUCAAAUACAAGUGAGUCAGAAAGCGAAAUUGAUGCUUUACGGUCGUAUAUAACACGUUUAGGAAAAAUACAAAUGAAAACAAGAAUUCCGGCUAAAUGGAUUCUACUUGAGAAAGCACUUAAAAUGAACAAACACAAAAGAAUUAUAAAACUUGAUGAACUUAUAGAAAUAGACAGUCUCAACAGGCACUAUCCAAAACAACAACAACAACAACUGCAAGGCGAGACACGUAUUUAUUGGUACACAACUGAGGAGUAAACAUUCGUUAUUACAAUAAUACUUUUCUAUUACAAUAUAAUUCUAUAACUCAAGAAUUAAUCACUCAUUA